AUGUCGUUACCUGCAUGGCUCAGAAUCUUUGCAAAGCUUAAGCAGAGGGGCGACCAAAAGUCCAUUAGAAUUGUCAAAAUUGUGAACCUUCUAGCGGUUUUCGCGGACGAAGGAUUGGGAUUAGAUAUAUUGCUUGGUGAAGCUCCCGAAUUCUGCAAUUUGGGUUCGAAUACACCCCUUGGAAAUGACCACGAGGAACUGGAAUUUGUUCGACGCAACUCAGAGUGGCCUGCCGUUUUCAAAACCCUUACACAUCUCCCAUUCAUCCAUAUCGGCGGUGCAUACAACGAUAGGGUCGAUAAAAUUACAAUACGCCUACAACGACCUUUUCGACACUACCUUCAACAUCGCAUCCAAGAGAACCCCCUCGAAGAUGCUUAUUGGACUAUAAUGUCCGUCCUCUUACUGGAUAGAUAUACGCCAUCCCGGAUAAUUGUGCAGUGCCGUUUUAUUGGCCCCAUCAAUCUCAGCAGCGAGAUAAGAUCGCUCCAGCGGCAUGUAUUAGAAAAUCUUUCCAAAAUUCCUAAUGUUUUAAUUUUGGAGAAAAACAAUAUUUUGCCUCUCAGGCCAUCGGCAAGACUAUCUUGCAUUCUCUACUUCAUUUCCUGGUCCCAGUUUCGUAUGGAUGAUGGGAUAAUUACGAAAGAAUAUAUAAAAGGAACACUAUCAACCACCGAAUCCCUCUUAGAAAGGCUCUUCGGUGACUAUCUAUUAGACCCGCUACUAAAGUCCAUUUCAAAACUCCAUGGAUACUGCUUGUUCGAUGAGCUCUCGCGAGAUAUGGGUUUGCGUAGACAAUACUGGAACUGGGUUGCAUCUGCAGCAGAUAUCCUUAGUAUUUUGGAAAACCUUAACGAAAAUCGCGGGGCUGUUAUGGCGUCGCUCUUACCUCCAAAUGCUAUUGACACAUUGCUCGACAUGGUAUUUUGUUUUGUCGACUCUGUAUCCAACGGGCUUAGGUGGGCCUACAAUAGUGGGGUACAUCCAAGUCAUCUUGGUGAAAACAAGGAAGAAAAAAUUCAGGCAAAUCGACUUAAAGGAGAAAUCCUCGAAGAAGCGCAUAGCCUCAAAAUGUUUACUAUGAUAUCGCUCACUUUAUACACAAGUGACAGCGAAUAUCUCAGUGCUGUGGCUACAUCACAGAACUUUCAUUGUUACAGGGCUCUCUGCAGCCUCGACGAGGAGAUACACGAGUACCAGAGGAAAUGCCUACCUUUCAUAAUACACAGAUUUCCUAUUGUACUUUCACUGGAAUUCUUGGUUUCUUUUUUUUCGACGGCGUCUUCUAGCCCAGGAUAUCAACGUCGGUUUACUCCUGUAGGUUUCGGUGGCUAUUACGAUGUAAUGAAGGAGUUAUUCCGUGCUCGGGAUAAAAACAUCUAUCAAUGCUACGAACCUUACCACACUGUGAUGGAUGAGGCUACCGUAAAUGGUAUCGCACCUUUGCUCUACAAGCUCGCCAAAUAUAGCAAAAGAUAUCCAGAUUCUACUUACUUUGAACAAGCGGAAUCUAUCGCGGCGCAUAACUUUCUUGCCGGAAGAAGUUUCCAUACCUGGUCUCUCACAGAGCUACAUAGAGGGCAUAAGAUUUUUUCUCAAAGCUUCAAAACAUUAUGUCAACUGUACUGUAAGGCACAAAUGUUCCGUGAGGCUGGAGUACUGGCAAGUACAUAUCUUGCAUUUUUUCGGAUGUCAAGCCCUCCUAUAGAUUUAAUAGGAUGGGGUAUUCAUGAGUGUAUCAGGACUCUUUUAAUGUGCUUGGAUAAUUUAGGAUACAUGUCACCUUUCGACUGUUCAGUGGUGAGAGAGCACGUUAACCACCUUUACACCAAUUCGAGGCUACAGGAUACAUUGGAUAUUGACGUUCGAUUGGCUUUUUUGAUAACCUGGGUACAUACCGUUGAUUCCGACGAGUCUGAAGGAGAAGUAAAUACCUUACUUUGGGAGCCGGGUUCAGAAAACAUUGGAGAUACUCCCAUAGAGAGUCUUAUUGAAAAACAAAUAUAUGCAUGGAUGGAUCUAGUCACCGAAGAUCAUGAAUUCCGCGAGGCGCGGCGGCAACUGGUGAGGUCUUCGUCUCUGGAUGCUGCUGACCGCAUAUCUAAGGCCAAUCGUCGAUUGGGUUUUCAGAAGGAGAACCUCUUAAAAGAAGGUUUCAGCUCCCUUUUCUAUCCCCAUAGACGAUUCCGUAUAGAUUGA